UAGCCAGUUAACGUUUUUUCAGUAUUUUGAUGCUACUUGCACAGGUUGAUAAAUAUUACUGUCACAUCUGUGCUCAUACAUUUCCUGUGCGCCUCCUUUGCCUCAUAUAGCGAGAUAAUAUAUAUCUCGCUUUAUGAGGCAGAGAAAGUCAUAUAAAACCACUAGUCCCCGGUGGCUCUUUGUCAGGUUCCCUAUGCGCGCUAUCCAUAGAGCAAGCAGGCUACCCACCGAAUACAAAUCUGUCUAGGACAAAAUGUACUUUCUGUCAUCACGUUCCCUCGGAAUGUAUACAGGCAGCGUAAUGCAUAAUGAGGGGGAUCGGCACCUACGUCGACCAAUAGACAUGAAGGGUAUGGAAUAGAUAUAGCCCCGUCUUUGUGUAGAAGUAAUAUUCAUGUGUAAGGCGCAAAUGUGACCUAUCCGCACUGGGGGGUGGUGAAUAUUGCGAGGAGGCGGGGAAUCGGGUCAAGCGCAGGAGUGGCAGUGCAGUGUUGUUGUUUGGUCUAAAACAUUGCUUUUGCCAAACAGGUUUCCCGGGCACAGAGGUUGGCAGCCUAAAUACAACUUCACGCCUUUGUUUAGCUUUCAUUCACGCAGUAUCAUCUUUACACCUGGCGAGACAGAAGCUAACAAUGCCGGUAGAGACGACGACCACAGUGGCUCCGGAGCCCAGGUCCGAUGCGCAGCGGUCGUUCCCUUUCGUUUUAAAGAAGAUAAUGGAUAUUCCCCCACCGAAUAUUCUUGAGGAUGGCGAUGACGAGAAAGACAAGGAGAAGCUGUGUUCAGAAAAUGAUGGAGAAAGUGGGGGAGGCGGGGGCAGCGCUGGGGCGGGUGGGGUGUCAGCCUCCCUGACGCCCGCCAUUUGGGAGAAGACCAUCCCUUACGAUGGGGAGACCUUCCACCUGGAGUACAUGGACCUUGAUGAGUUUCUGCUGGAGAACGGGAUCCCAGCGUCCUUGGAGGAGGAGCUGCAGAAGAACCUAAGCAAGGAGCACGCCAAGGGGGAGGCCCCUGUCCCCCUGCUGUCAUCUGUGGAGCUCGAUCAGGGUGUAGAGGAAGAGGAAGCCGACACUGUGUCUGAGUCCACCAGUGAGGUCCCAACCAAAGUUGUCACAGAAAAGAGCAAGGAGCUGGAACGUGCUACCCCGUCCCCGGUCAACCCGGAGGACAUCGACGUGGAUGUGAACUUCCAGCCAGACCCCACAGACCUGGUGCUGUCCAGUGUGCCGGGGGGUGAGCUGUUCAACCCGCGCAAACACCGCUUCUCCGAUGACGAGCUGAAGCCACAGCCCAUGAUCAAAAAGGCCAAGAAGGUGUUUGUGCCCGAGGAACAGAAGGACGAUAAGUACUGGCAGAGGAGGAAGAAGAACAACGUGGCAGCCAAGCGCUCUCGCGAUGCGCGGCGUCUAAAGGAGAACCAGAUCACGGUGCGGGCCGCCUUCCUGGAGCGGGAGAAUGCGGCUCUGCGGCAGGAGGUGGCUGAGCUGCGUAAGGACUGCGGCCGCUGCAAGAACCUGCUCACCCGCUACCAGGCCAAGUACGGGCCGCUGUAAAGGACAAAAAGAGCUGCACACCUGUCGGUCCGUUACCCUCGGUCACCCGCUGGCUGGUGCACACAGCGACGCUUCAGAACAUCUCUUUCUGUCCUGGUCCCUGGGCUGAGCACAGAGCACUGUGUCAGUUUCAAAAAAACAAGAAAACUCCACCCACAAGACACGUGAGGCCCUGCUAACACACAGAUGGUAACAAACCAGUGUGCAUGGGGGGGGGACGAACACGGAGCCUGGGGUGCACACUCAAAACACAACUCGUGGCAGACACAGGAAGUCGGAGAGGUGCCGGUUCACAAAUGAACUCACACUGACGCAUACACAAUACAGUACCAGGUUGCCUGUGGUGGUUGUUGCAGGCAAAAAAAAAAAAUCAUAACACUGAACCACCAGCCAGCUUCCUUAUCAGUGGAGCAAUAGGUCAGAAUCAUGCUCUGACUGAGCUUGAUUAAGUCAAAACAGGUAAAUGCAAUACUCUUUCAAAGCAUGAAUACUUUGAAUAAUGAAUAGUAAAUCUUUUCAUUCCCCCGUGUCUUCCUCUCUUUCCACUGCUGUGAUAAGUGACUGUUUUUCUCCUCUGUUCGAAGUACUCCUGUAGAGACAGGUGGAGGUCAUAUAAGCAGUGAUUGAUUCAUUGAUUAGUGCUUGCAGGAUUGCUUGAUCCUGGUGAAAGAGAUGACUAAUUAAUAGUUGAUAAGUCAAAGAAGACCGUGGGAUCAUAAAAAGACGAGACAGUGGAUGCAAAUGAAAAAAUGUGAUCGAGAGCUAUGUGUCCCUUGACUGUGAUGGUACCUUGAGAAUUGCAUUCAUCAUUCAUAUGUGUGUGUUUUUAUAAGUAUAUAGCUAGACUUUUUAUUUCAAAUGCACCACUUAAAAAUGUAAUUUCUGUGUGAAUUUCUUUUGCACUCUUAGCAGUUUUGAAAUCAUCUCAUGCAGAAAGUUUAAAGAUGGGUUGGAGGGGCAAAGAAAGGGAAAAUACAUUUUUUAUGUGGCACGUGGGGAGUAGUUAGAAAUAGCCUGACCUACAUUGAAGCGAUUUUGUUCCAUAUAUAGAUGAUGUUUUUUCGCAAUAAUGUAGCUAUCAGUCUCACCCCUGUUUUUAACAGGAAUUUCUUUAAAUGGCUUUGAGAUUAGGAAGCGGGUGGAGACUGUUUCUUUUAUAUGGCAGAUGAAGUCAUGUUUUGGGCUUUCUUCAGGAUCUUAGGCGGUGUAUAUAGUGUGAAAGUUUGUUUUAUUCACUCAGUGUAAUACAGGGCACUAGGCUUUGUACUGCAGUGUAGUCCAUUAGAAAGAUCUCGUAUUUGAGCCCUCACAUAAGUAGUUGCUACUACCUGCUUAAAACCCCUGUAAAUAUCUGUGUUUUGUCAUAUCUUUCUAAAAUUGUCAAUAUUGUUGACAAGUGCAAACAGAUGAUUCGGUCAGAAGUGAACAUUUAAAUCUUCACUUACAAAUCUUUGUAUAAUGAACAAAUGACCAUGAUCAGUGCAGUAGAUAUCUGCUUGAUAUAUAUUGUUGUGCUAUUCUUAUUCUUAUCUAUGUUCACUGCAAAAAAUAAGCCAGGGAUUUCUGUGAAUGACUUACAGAUUCAAUGUAUUGUUGGAAUUGAAUGGGUUUUUAACUCACACUGGAGCUGGGCUGUAUUGGAGGACUUCAGUUCCAACUGAUCUCUUGCUUACCUCAUUGGACCUUUAAAUUGAAGUAUUUAACAUCAGCUCUGUCAUAGUGGCAGUUAAAAGAAUGCUGAAACGAGAUCAGCUGAAUCAAAAUGCACUGAGGCAAAACCAGAAACGCAGUGGUUAUUUCAUGCCCACAAAAGUCUGGGGGUCAGUUUACCCAAUUCUUAUCCUAACCCAUUCCAUUUUUAGUGGGGGGAAAUGAAACUGAUCCAGGGUUACUGUGUGGGAGAGGAAUCAUCAGUGCAGACCCUAGUUGAAAACUGGGUUUUUCUGGGUCAAAUAAACAUGUUGGUUUAACAAAAGGACCCAAAACCCUCAAGUGUCUUUGGUGUUACGGCUCAGUGCUCCAUUUGCCUAGCUUCACUGGUGGGUACAUGUCAGAAAACAACCUUUUCUUUGUGGCCAGUCUGCUGCAAAUUGUCUGUGGAGCUUUCCAAGAAAAUUUUGAAAUGGCUUCCAGUUUGUGCUUCCAGUGCAGGCUGCUGGUAAUUUGUGACAGUACCAUGUGUUCACCAAAUUAACUUCAUUUUAGAGAUGUACUGAGAAUGUAAUCACCUCAGAGGGUACUUGGAAAUCUUUUUGAAUAAAACAAAGUCUGAAACUAUGUCAAAGAACUAUUGUAGUGAUUUUGGACAAAAGAUUGUAAGCCUUGUAAGUUUCAAAAGCGAUGGACCACAGGUGUUUCUCCGAUUAACCUGAUCUUGCAUUGAUAACAGCCGUAGUAACUGUAACUCAUCUAGAUUGUUUUGAGUACUUUGAAAAGGCUCACGUGUCUGCAUCGAACUUACAAGAAAUUAAGCCAUGUAUAUGCAUGAUAACCUGAAACAGUUUUCAGUGGUAGCCAUUAUAUUUACUAGUGUUUGUUUGAAAAUGUCUGUUUGGAGUGUCAGGAAGCAUGUGUGUAUUAGGGUUGUGACCUUGUGGCCUAAUCCACAAUUCUUCUGGAGGUUCAAGUGUCUUAUUUUCUUUCAUCGAAAGUUUUGGAGACAUGAUUAUGAUCCCUUUACUGAGUUUAGUUAGUUACUGCUUUUGGGGUAUAGGACUUAUCUCCCUUUUUGGAGUAUUUUCAGUGGUACUGUGUCACAGUCACUCUCUCUCUACACCCUGAUUUGCCAAAAAUGGACCUCAGUCUGAAUCCAACUUAACUCAUGCUACACCUGACUCUGUUACUCUUUCUAAAGAACUCUGGGUACUGUGACAUUGAUUUUUUUUUUCCUUUAUUAAACAUUUUUUUUUUCCUGCGACAACUUGUCAACAACACUUUUUUUUUCCCACUUUCUAGGCUCAAUUUACAAAGAGUGAGAAGGAAGCAGGGAAACAGUGAUACACCUCAUAUGUGAUGAAAGGUCAGAGAUGUGGAGGGCCUGAGCAAUUAUGUGAGGCUAAUUAUUGUACAUCACAGUCUCUUUCUAAUGUAGAUAUUGAUAUAAUCAGCAUUAUGCAUGGGCAGUGUGGCUAUGAAUGCUGAUUCAAAAUUACACUGUGGAUUGAGAAUGGUCUAAAUUGAUCGCUUAAGAUCAGGCUGUGGGCAAUGCUGAGUUACAGGACACAAAUCAAUAGUUUUACCUUGAAAUUAAGAUUCCUGCAAUAUAGCAGUUAUUAUGGCUAUUGCACAGUAAUAGAAAAAAAUCCUUGAGAAAACAAAACAUAUUCUCCAUUUAGGUCACUCUUGUUUUUUUUUUCUCAAUAUUUGAAUGAUGUGCAUUUCCUGGAGUGGGUGAGUUUUCUAUGAAUAUUUUAUUUUUGCAUUUUGUCUCCGCAAGUUUUGUAUUUUACGGUGUGACCACAGUAUGUCAUAAAUGUUCAGUGUCGGCCACAUUAAUAAAGAGUAUACAAUAUUUAUU